UCAGCGAUGGCGGCUGCUGAUCUGAGAGCUGAGCUGAGCUGCUCCAUCUGCCUGAGCAUUUAUACUGAUCCGGUAUCCCUGCCCUGUGGCCAUAACUUCUGCCGGGACUGCAUUGGGAAAACAUGGGACACCCAGGAGGACACUUUCCUUGAAAAUCCUUCUUGCCCUGAAUGUAGAGAGAGAUUUAAAAGGAGACCUGAACCGGCAACAGAUUGGCAGCUGCGUGGCAUGGUGGAGUGGUUCUGUCAGACUGAGACAGAGCUGGGGGAGACUGGGACCUUCUGCACUUACUGUCUCCUCUCUCCUGUACCUGCUGCUAAAUCCUGUCUCCUGUGUGAGGCUUCUCUGUGUGAUACCCACCUGAGGGGGCACUGCCAGUCAGCAGAACAUGUACUCACUGAGCCCACCGCUUCCUUUAUGGGGAGAAAAUGUUCUGUACACAAUGAGCCCCUAAAGUAUCACUGCUGUGAGGACUCCGCCUGUAUCUGUGCAUCCUGCUGCCUGGCCGGGGAGCACCGGGGCCACAGGGUGGAGCUGCUGAGUGAGGCCUCUGAGAAGAAGAAAGAGAAACUGAGGAAAGUUCUGGAGAAACUGAGCCCAGAGAGAGAGGAGACUGAGAGAGGAGCCCAGAGGCUGCAGGAGCGCAGGAGAGAAGUGGCAGAAGCGGCAGCCGGUGAGACAGAGAGAGUCACUGCCCUGUUUAGGGGCAUCAGGGAAGAGCUGGAAGCCCUAGAGAAGCGACUCCUGAGUGACAUCUCCAGGCAGAAAGAGGAGCUUUCCCUCCCACUCACUGAGCUGAUCCAACAGCUGGAAAUAAAGAAGGACGAGCUGUCCAGGAAGAUCAGUCACAUUGAGGAGCUGUGCAACAUGGCAGAUCCACUCACUGUCCUACAGGAACAAUGGGAAUCCCAUGGAGCUGCCUUUUGUGGGGCUGAGGGGGCAGAUACUGAGGGCAGAGAGAGAGAGGGUAUAAAGGUCCCGGCUGUAGGGGAUCUGGAUGUGGGUCGGAUCUCAGAGACAUUACUCACAGGCUUAGCUGGGAUUGUGACUGGGGUAGAGGGUUUGUGCUUCCCUGGGCAGGAGGCUACAGAGCUGGUACUGGAUAUAAACACGGCUGGGAAUGAUGUAUCUGUAUCAGGGGAUGGGAAAUCUGCUUCCUACUCACAUACAGACCAGCGUCGCCCACAAACCCCAGAGAGAUUUCAAUAUUUUCAGGCUUUAAGCAGCAGGAGUUUCCCCUCAGGGCGACAUUACUGGGAAGUGGAGGUCAGUGAAUCAGGGGACUGGAGGGUAGGGGCGGCCUAUCCCAGUAUAGAAAGGGAAGGGGAUCAGUUCUACAUUGGGGAGAAUAACAAGUCCUGGUGUUUGUGGAGAUGGUGUAAUAAUAGCUAUUCAGUGAUACAUAAAAGGAAAGUCACACGGUUACCCCACAUCCCUUCCUGCAGGAGAAUCAGGAUCUCAUUGGACUAUGAGGCCGGACGCCUGUCCUUUUAUGAGCUGAGUGAGCCAAUCAGGCGCUUACACACCUUCACUGCCUCCUUCACUGAGCCCCUUCAUGCUGCAUUCUGGGUAUGGGGGGACGGUGCCUGGGUGAGAAUCAUUAGUUAGGGCCCUGCCCACUGCCCAGCAGGAACCCCAUUCCCAGAGCUGCCCUUAGCCCUGUGAUGCCAGGAAAGGAAGGAAAUGUGGGUGCCAUGUUAAUGUUGGGCAGUACUAACUAAUAACGUCUUAGUGGGCUAAGUGGGACUGAUUUAUGAUGCCAGUGCAGCUGCCAGUAGCAACCAAUAAGGUCUUUCUUUUCAUUUCCAACCUCUAAUAUAAUCUAAUAUUCAAAACCAACUGCUGACUGGUUGCUAUGUGUUUCUGCCCUAUCAAACUGCAUGUAUUCUGUUAUAUGUUCUGUUCAACUGAGUCGUAAUAUUCCCAAUAAA